AUGCUGCCAAGCAGGGAGAGGAGGCGCAUGAUGGAUCCCGUCCCGCUGCUGCUGGCCGUGGCCGCAGCCCUGCCGCUCUGCUGCGCGCUCUACUCCGGGCCCCUGCAGCCCGAGAUCUCCAACGGCACCUUCCACCACUUUUUCGUGCCGGACGGGGACUACGAGGAGACGGUGGACCCGGAGCAGUGCCAGAUGCUGUUCAAGUUCUCCGACGCGUCCCCCUGCGGGGGCUGGGAGCAGGGGGACGCGGCGGUGCGGGAGGAGCUGGUCCUCAGCAGGCUGCAGGCGGAGGAAGCGGCGCGGCUCCUGGAGGGCAUCGGCCGGACCGUGGCGCACGACCUGGACGGAGAGGACGGCUACGGGACGUUCCUCCGGCGGGAGAUCUCCCAGAUCAGCGAGGCCUUCUCCAGCGUGGACAAGUCUCUGCUGGAGCUGGAGGCCAAGUUCAAGCAGAGCCAAGAAACCGAGCUGCAGGAGGAGCAGCAGCUGAACGGCCACGUGCUGAGGCAAGCGGGGGACGUCAGGGACGCGCUGAGGGAGACCACCGACGUGUCCCUGGGGCUCAGAGACAGACACGAGCUGCUGUCCCUCAUCAUCCGCAGCCACGGCACCAGGCUGAGCCGCCUGAAGACCGAGUACCUGAACGUUGGCUCCUAA